UGAAAGUUGUAGAUUGUGGUCUUCGUCAUUUUACAUUUUUCACGUAACAGCAGGGACAGUUUAUGUACUUACCACUUCGACGUCCAUCGGCAUCGCGGUCCUACGAGCAGCGGCCCACAUUACGGAACUAAGACGAAUUAUAGUUUUGGUUAUACAUGCUAACAAUGCCUCAAAGUAGCAAGACUUUGAAUUCUCAUAGUUUUACGAGCACGAAAGUGACAAAAUAAUCAGACAGAAACAGCUAGAGUGAUGCCGUGCCAGUGAUUUUUUUUUAGAUCGCCAUCAGCGUGGUUAUUAUAUCACAGGAGAUAUCGUCAAGCCUUUUUUUGCUUUCACGUACAGGGAAUGCGCAUGAUUACCGAUGUUGAGCAUGAGGGACCGUAAGCGGUAGCACCCCAAAGCAGGAACCGAGUGAGAGGCCUUCACGAAUUGCGAGCAUUGAAUGAAAAAAAUUGAAGCGAAGCUGUAGCAGGCAUGCACGCGAUAAAUGUCAACGAGGUAGGAGACGCACGUGGAUCGUGGUAGCGUCGAAACAGCAGCAGGCCUUUUUAGCGUGACGCGCUGCGCUAUCUCAGCGGGACGCGCCACGCAAGAGGAAACACAUGGCAACCCCUACUCUGCUCUAU